AUGGAUCAGGAGGACUUCUGGUACCGACUGGCGGCUGCUUACGUCACGGACGCCUUAGAAGGGCGCCACCAUGCGACCGGACUGGGAACUAAAACGCUGCUGAGAAAGACGCACGCUGCCAGAUGUUUGAAGCUGCAGUGCCACCCGGUCUGCACGGGGGCGCUGCUGCUGACGAUCGUGUUCCACUGCGCGUUGUCGCACUGGGAGCCUGCGCAGAUGGUGGCCGCUAGUGCGCAGCUGCAGACCUGGGUGCUGUGGGGCGGGGUCGCCUGCACAGCCGUCUAUUGGCUGGACACUUUUCUAUCGAUGGCUCACAUGACGCCGCGCGGAUUCUUUAGCCAUCCCCACAACAUCUUACACGUCAUCGUUCUCGUCCUGCUGACGUCAGACUACGUCAUCUACACGUAA